UCGCUUGUAUCAUUCGAAAAAAUGAGCAAGAAAUGGGAACCGUUAAAAGAUGCUCCGAAGAGGCGCAAAGGGUAUGCAAACGAUAAACCAAAUGCGAAAAACUAUAACUUGGACUGUUUGCAUACUGAUAUAGCCUUCAUACUUGAUGAAGUCGAGAGAUCUGCCAGUGAUUUGGUUGAAACAGUAAGAAGGGGUGUGCAGGAUGAUCUUAAUAUAGUAUCAUUAUUGUCAAGUUUUGCCCGUAAAGCUGAAAUCUAUCCAAUGGCGAUGCUUGGCGCAGGUGUUGUUUCGAUGAUGGUUUACGUUAGUUCAGCACCUUUCGAUUGGGAGCAAAUUCGUGACAGUUACUACUCACGUCACACGACAUUGUAA